UGGACAUUUGUGGCGGUGAACACGACACGGGCGCCAUAUUGGAUGCUGUAAUCACCUUGGUAAUCAAAAAAGCGUAGCUUCGUUUCUUUUAUACGGCAAAAAAUGGUAAGAAACUUUCUUCAGUCUUUUAUUAUACUAAUUUUUAUCACUAAUAACACUGGCUAAUUUUUCUCAACAGGGGCUGCUUGCUCUGUUAAAGAAAUUAAAAAGUUCCCCCUCGAAAGAGCUACGAAUUUUGCUACUUGGUCUUGAUAACGCUGGCAAAACAACUUUGCUAAAGCAUUUGGCGUCGGAAGAUUACACAAAUGUUACCCCCACUCAGGUACUGAUGCAGUAGCACUCGUCUAGUAAAGUUUUCUAGAGUUAUAAUUUUUUAGCUGUUUUUUUUUUAAUUGUUUACUUGAUAAUCUGUAGGGUUUUAACAUCAAAACAGUUCAGGCAAAAGGUCUGCGCUUGAACAUCUGGGACAUAGGAGGUUUGUUUUUCAGUAAUCUAUUUUUCUUUAGCUGAUUGAUAGCCAAUGAAGCAUUCAGUUUAUUUAAUUUAUAAUGUUUUUAGAAGAGAUUAAUAUUCCUAAAUUUGUUAAUUAUUAACUUUAGGCCAGAAAAGCAUCCGGGCAUAUUGGAAUAACUAUUUUGAGAAUACAGAUGUUUUGGUAAGGCUUAGCCAUUAAGUCUAUGUUCACACAGGGCUUGGUGAAUUCUGAACUGUACUCAAAUUUAUCCGGUUCUAUGUGUUCACACGAAACCGGAUGAAUUGUAGUCCCAGAAGUAUUUACGUACGCGUACGCAGAUGGUCUCAAUCAGUCUCAAUCCCACUCUUCUGCCACACAAAAUGGUCUUGAAAAAUACCGGUUCUGCUGUUCACAUGGAGCCAUCUAAUUUAGGUAGAUAAAUCCAUUCUGGUACAAAACAAGACCUAGUUUUGUUUGGUCUAGAAUUUGCAUGGUUAACUGUGCUGGAAUUCAUCCGGUUUCACAUGUUCCAUGUGAAAGCAAGGCUAAAUAACCCCUAGGUAGUAUUAAGUAAGUAAGUGAUUCGUAAGACUUGUGCAAUCAAUGGAAUAUUUACGAGUGUUAAGAUGUUUGCCUUCAUAAAAAUUAUGUAGAUCUAUGUGAUUGACAGUGCUGACCGAAAAAGAAUGGAAGAAACUGGUUUUGUAAGUAUGAAAUUAUCAUUAUGAGGGCACCUGCUGGCCUAACAACAGCUUUCCCUGGCAAACAUAACGGUCAUAAGAUAUAGGCCUAGAAAAUAUGUUUCUCUUCCUGGUUUGCAAGACCCAAAAAUAAAAAUUUCCUGUGUAAGUCGUAUACAAAACUUAUUGCAAUCUUAGGUAGAUUUCAGAGAGUAUAUGGUGCCGCCACAUUGUGAUCAAUCUCAGUACAAUCUCUGUCUCAUUCUUCAACAAGAUAACUGCAAGAUUUAAGAUGGCAAAUAACUACUGACAGUACAUAAAUCAGUUUUACAAGACAGUACAGCCUUUUUUGCCAAAUAACCAGGUUAUAAAGUAGACCAGGUUGAGGAACAACUCGGUGACGGCAGUAAACCUCGUAGCACACCCGGCGGCUUAUUUUGAAAGCCCUGAAGUCCAUAAGAGUUUGUCUUUUCUAGGAACUAACUGAAUUACUAGAAGAAGAAAAGUUAGCAGGAGUUCCUGUUUUAAUAUUUGCAAACAAACAAGAUUUACUGACUGCUGCACCACCAGCUGAGGUGAAAACCACUAUACGCACUAGAGAGGAUCAGAUUUCACUUCCACUACACACAUAAAAAUCUCACAACUUGUCAACAAGAUGUGUUUGCAACAGGCUUGUAGCAAGCUUGUCAACAAGUUGUGACAACGCUGUUAUUUUAUCAAGUUGCUACAAGGUUGUCACUCACAACUUGUUGACAAAUUGUUGAAUUGCAGGACGAUAACAAGUUGUUGGAACAACUUGUAACAAGUCUGUUGAGCUCAACAACCUUGUAGCAAGUUGUCAACAAGCCGUAACUGACAACUUGUUAACAAGCUGGGAACAAGCAGUGCGAACACAUCCUGUUGACAAGUUGUCGAAACAGCAUUGCUACAAGUCUGCUGCAGGUUUGUUACAACUUGUGAGUUUUUAUGUGUGUACCAUUAGGGGAGCAUUAACCAAUCAUAUGUGUUUAUAUAAUAUAUAACUACAGUGAGACACGCAAUUUGGUUGGUCAAUAGCCGUGCAGGAUCAGGCUAUCCUGCACGACAGCACGAGGAAUUAAAAUGGCUUCGUGAGAUUUUCGCGGGAUUCUCAAAAUAUCAUUGUUUCACUGUAGUUAUUUUAUAAAACAAUUACCAAAUGGUUUUCCAAGCAGGAUAGCGUGAUCCAUGCACUUGGGAUGUUGCUUGACUUUUGGAAAGCGUAAAAAUACACUCGCCUCAACUCUGAACCCCUUUACUGUUUUUAUUACAGCUAAAUACCAGUCUCCUCCGCAGAGGCUUCAUGUUUUGUUUUGGGGGUUUUCGCAAGCAGGAUGGUUGCGGGCCUAUAAUUUCCCCCUAGCCUGCAUAACCUGCAACUAUUCCACCUGCGAAAAAACCACUGGAAGGAAAGAAAAAAACCCAAAACAAAACAAAGCCUCUGUGGAGGAGAGUGACUAAAUACAGUAGUUGAGGCAUUCAUUGAAGUGCUAUAAUUUUAUAUUAGUUGGCAAAGCUGGUAUAUUAAAUUGAAAAGAAACAGCUGCAGUGUGCAGGAUUCAGGGUUGACAUUAGCCAACGAGAUGGAGAUAGUCUUCGAGGAGAUUAUCAGUCUGUCAUCUCUAUUCAAAGCAAUGACAACAAUUGACCAUUUGCGUAAUAGACUAAAUUUUGAUCUAAACAAGUCUAGACACAACUUGGAAGAGCAUCCAAAGUUUCGUUGCGAAAUGUUGUAAAAUGCGGAAAAUAUAGCCUUGCGAAGUUUGCAAUUUUCAGUCAUUUUAGAUUACAAACGGGAAAUUGACAGCCCCAAAGGGUAUUGGGCUGUCAAUUUCCCGUUUGUAAUGUAAAAUGACUGAAAAUUGCAAACUUCGCAAGGCUAUAUUUUCCGCAUUUUACAACAUUUCGCAACGAAACUUGGAAUAUUACUAAUUUUGUGAUGCUCUUUCAAGCUGUGAUGAAAUUUUUGUUGAGAUCAAAAUUUAGUCUAUUACGCAAGUGGUCAAUUGGCAAGUCAGUACCAAUAAAAUUUGAGCUCCAUGCAUUUUUUCUAUUUCAGAUUGCUGGGUCAUUACAGCUGUCAACUGUUAUUCGAGACAGGACUUGGAACAUACAACCUUGUUCAGCCGUAACAGGAGAAGGGGUUGAGGUCAGCGGUCUUUUGUUUUAGAUACAGGGCCAUAGCUGAUGAUGAUGACGACAUAUGUGCAACCAAUCCGUUUGAGGCCCUAUCACUGAUCUGAAUAAUACAUUCUCAAUGUAUUAUUCAGAUCAGUGGGCCCUGUAUAGGCCGAGAAUUUCUAGGGUCCAGUUUCCCCUGGAAAAAUUUAAAGAUUUGAAGGACUCUGGGACGCUAUUUCUUGCAUUCCGAGACCACUCUGGUCCGGAGAUAAUAUUUAAAAUUGCAUACACUUGUCGCCUAAAAUGCGCCUUUUCGUCGAUAUUUGCGCAAACCUUGCUCUUCAAUCAAUCUAUUUUAUUAGCUAGGAAAUCGUAUAAUCAAAUACUCACUAAAUCACAUCUUCGCUUUUUCACACAAUUCAAAGACUUUUCAAAUACCUUAAAGACUUUCAAGGAUUUCAGAGACCGCUACGAGCCCAGUUAAAGGUUCCACGUGGUUCGCAUGAUUGCCCUACAGGGGCUGGUUCUUCAAACCACGAUUAGCGCUAACCGUGGAUUAAAAUUUAACCCAUUGUCUUGGUUUAUGUAUUUCUGCACGUCUGUUUAUUUCAUAACUUUGUAAAAUUAAACUUCUGAUGAUCGAGACAAGAUUUCUGAAAAAAAUAUUUCAAGGUUUAUACACAUGUUGUCAGGAAGUAUGCUUUGAAUCUCAGGUUAACCCAGGAUUAAGCUAACCGGCGUUUGAAUACCUGGGGCCAGUUGUUCAAAGCUGGGUUAGUUUAACCCUAGGUUAACCAGAAAUUCUUCAUAAGCAUACUCCCUGACAGCUUGUCUAUAAAUUUGGAAAUAUUUCUUCAGAGAUCUUGUCUGGAUCGAUUGGAGUUUUCUUCUUUGAAGUUUUGAAAUAAACAGACGUGCAGGUUAAAUUUUAACCCAGGGUUAGGGCUAACCCACCUUUGAACAACCGGCCCCUGAUGAGUAAAAUCGUAAAACAUCGAGCUGUAUGUGCAAUCUUUCAUCAACAUCGUAUUUAUUUUUUUUCCGUUUUAGGAGGGCUUAGAAUUUGUAUCAAAGACGUUAAAAGAUGUUAAAAAAUGAAAACGAUAUACAAGAGGGAUCCCUAUUUUGAAAAUAAUUCACCCAAAUCUCAUGUUAUCCAAUUAUCAUGAGAUCUACACGUGCGCUAAACUGGCAAAAGUGUACCGUCAUUUGCAAGCUAAAACAACGUCGAUGACAAAACAUUUAAUGUAUUAAUUAUGUAAACUAUGAAUUUUAACAAGCAUACCCUAGGAUAUUUUGUUGUGUAUAAAAGCUAAUUAUUAAAUUUAAAUGUAAUUAUUAAGAUAGUGAGUCUUAAAUUUAAAAGUUGAACUAAAAAUAUGUCAAUUAACCUCCCCAUACAUAGAAAUUAUAAAUAACACUAGAGGAGGCAUCGAGAUUAAAAUUUGGGAACGCGGCUAAUGGGGGGCAAAUUUAGGUCCCGGAUAUAAAAUCAUGCUCUCAUUGGCUAAAUUGAAACUCCUCACCAAUAGAAACAUGAGUGCACAUCCGGGACUUGAAUUUGCCCCCCAAUAGCCGCAUUCCUUUUUUUUGCCUGAUGUCAAGAUUGCGAUACCUCCUCUAGUGUUAUUUAUAAUCUCUAUGGGCCCAUAUCUAUCCGCCAUUUUGAGGGUACUACAGUCGAGUUUCUCGGUUAACCGAGUCAAGUCCGAGUAACUGUUUAGAGGUCUUUAUAGUUCAAUGACUUCGUACCCUACUCCUAGUCGAUUGUGAAUUUUAUUUAACUUUGUCUUUUUUUACGUGACUCGGACGUUUAACUCGGAAUUUACUUGGUAAAUGGAUUUACUCUCUUUGGAGUCUUCCAAAGUCGUCACUGCACAUAAAGUAAAGUCGCAUUUCGGUGCUCACUCUCUCAGAACUUGGGAGAGGCAGUACCCCCAAAUGGUGGAUACGCCCACUUGAAAAAGGCUAAUUAACAAAACUUUGUCUAUAGAGUAUAGUAUCACCAUGACUGUUCUUAAUUCUCAAAUGUCCAAGUAAAUACCAUGCCUUUUAACAGAACUCAACAGUUUAUUAUUAACAAUUUACUAACUGUAAAUUUACAUUAUACAUGCACACGGGUUCUUUGCUAGGAGGCCGUGUUACAACGGCCAAAACUGAAAAAAAAAACACGGUAAAAUAAAAAAGAACGCGGCUUGAUUAUUUAUAUAAAACCCUGCAGGUUCAUAAAAUAGAUUGUUGCCACUUACAACUGACAUAAUUUGCUUCUAUUUCGUAAGAAAGCGUGUAAAAUCUAGUUUGUGGAAAUUGGCAAUUCCGUGAUACUUUUAUGUUAGUAUGUGCAUGUGUACAUAGCUUUAAUCUUUAAAUGUCCUAAGAGUCUCUAUAAUAAGUCAUUGUAAUGUCAAGAUGACACACUGUGUGAGAAUAUGUCGACCUUGUAUUUGGUCGUGUCACAUAGAACAACCACAGCAUAGUUUAUUGCUGGCAACACGGUUAACCCAUUGAGCCGCAAUGCGCCCCACUUUUUUUUUACUUGCCCAACACCAGACGAUUUUACUCGUCAAUGGGGAAGCUCUGCAGAUUAAUGGUUAACCAAGAAAUCUGACAAUGUCUCUAGUUAACCCAUUUAGCCCCAGUGCGCCCUACUUUUUUUUGCUUGUCCAACACCAGACGAUUUUACUCGUCAAUGGGGAAGCUCUGCAGCUUAAUGGGUUAAUAGACCUAGGUCUAUUAACCGUGCUGGCAACUGAAACUGUGCAUUUGGGUAUUCUGGUAAUUGGCUGGUACACGCCCUGAAAUUUGAAAAUUUACAAUUUGAAAAUUUAAAUCCUCUGUACACACAAGUACAGUUAUAAAAAUGAAGGGAGCGCCAGUACCCCCAAAAUGACGAAUAAACCGAGGGAAGGCUAACUCUAACUCUUUGUGUACUUUGUUAUUCUCAAGUAAAUUACAAUUAUGGUUAUUAUGAAUUUUAUUCACAUUUCGGUAGUACAAUAAAAUUAUUAUAUUACAUCAUUUUACUGCUAAAUUUAUAUUUUAUAUUGACAUUCUUCCAUUUGUUUCUCACAAUCUAGCUUAGCCUGCGUUCCCUGUGCCUGCACUAAAAUACUGUCAAAAUUACAUCUUUAAGCACAACGCAUCGGUGGCCCUGGUAGUUCCAUUGCUCUAGACGAUUUCUCACUUGGGGUAAGGUUUGGCGAGGCAUCGCUUUCUGUCUUCAGUAGAUAUUUGCAAUCACGGCUUGUACGAAAUCGGAGGUACUUGCACUGCCUCCCAUGUCCAUCGUUAAACACUGAAAAAUUAUCAUAACACAUAU